ACUUUGAAAACGUUAAAUGCUCAACGACGAACAAACAAACAGACGCAAAAUCGCAUCCAAUCUUUUAAUUCUUUCCCUAAUCUUCUCUUCUUCGUCUGCCACUCUCUUCUCUGCUUCUCUUUCCCUUUCCCCCUUUUUUUCAUCUUCCUACAUAAUUUUUUUUUUCAUUUGCAUUAAUUCCCCCGCCUACCCAUUUCUCAUUAUUAUUAAAUACGUAUUUAUUUUUUCUGCAAAUAUUUAUUUCAUUUGAGAACUUUGUUAAUUUUUAAUCAUUUAUAUAUAUGCUGCUGCAUAUGGGUUUGAGCAGAGACAAAUGAAGCUAAUCCAUUCAAGCAAAGACAAUCGCCACCACCCUUCACAACUAUCAGAAAUUCACAGCUGAGACAGCCUCGACUCUCCCAUUUUUUUUUCCUUCUUCUAUUUAUUUAUUUAUAUAUUUGGGCUUUCUGGGUUGUAUAAAGUGUACAAGAAUAGGUAAGAGUCAGAUGGAUCCAAAAGGCAAAACUUCGGCUUAGUCGUAUUAUUAAAAUCAAAAGAAGCAAAGAAAGAGAAGAAGUUAUAUUAAGGGCAUAGGAGGUCGUGUUUUGGGGUGUAGAGACUAUCUUUGAGCAAUCAACUUGUUUUUAGAGAGAGAGAGAAAGAUAAAGAAUCCCGAAGCCACUGUCCAGUUCCUCACGGCUGUUAUCUGCUUGGCUACUGCCUCCUCAACUCAUCUACUUAUCUUCUUCAUCAUCAUCUUCUUCUUCACUUUGACAAUGCCGGCGGAGACGCUAGUGCUGAUGUGACUGGAAACACUGCCACCACCAAUUAUACAAUUAAUUCUACUGCUCAUGUUGGAAGCUCUCGUCCGGGCUCCGGUGCCGGUGGUCGUUCCAAUAGCAGUGGGAGCAGUACUGAAGACUUGUCCUUGAACCGACGUCGUUUACAAACAGAAGAACAACAAAGACAAUCUGUGGAGUCUGGAGCUGGAAAGAUGGUGAGAAAGAGGAUGGCUUCCGAGAUGGAAGUCCAGACCGCCACCGCCUCCGAUUAUCUCAGGCUCUCUCGGCGUGGUGUUCCGAUGGCUAUCGGUUUCUCCUUUCCGGUCACUGGUGAUAGUAAUAAUAAUAGUAAUAUAAAUAUUAAUAAUAGUAACAGUUAUGAUAUUAUUCCUCCUAAUCCAAAUAAUACUACUCCGACCUCGGCCAGACCAUCGUCAGUGAGUACGACCGGGAUGAACCCCAACUACUCCACUUUGAUACCAUCUUCUACAAGUUUGACAAAUCUGACGUCAGGUGGGGUUUCUGGGGUUUUAUCUACUACUACUACUACUUGUUCUACAGCUCCCAACUUGACCCAAAUCGACCCUCUCCCUUAUCAACAUCUUCAUCAUAAUCCCAAUCAUAAUCAAAUCAGGUCACUCCCCCAGACCCACCACCAGUACCAGUCCCCAGCCGUUUGUGGGUUUUCGGGUCUGCCUUUGUUCCCACCCGAAAGUACUAGCCGUGAAAUAAACACUACCAAUAUUUGUAUCAAUAACGCUAACAAUAAUAGCAUUCACAACAAUCUUAGUCCAAGUCCUCCUGCUGCAGCAGCUGGUUCAGGCUGUAGGGUUAUUAGCCCCUCCAACACCACGAGUAGCACUACAGCGUCAUCCAUGGAUGAUAACAACCACAACAAUCACAACAGUGCCUCGGCUACGGCCUGGAUCGAUGGCAUCAUUAAGGACCUCAUCCACAGCUCCACCAACGUCUCCAUCCCUCAACUCAUCCACAACGUCAGGGAGAUCAUCUACCCUUGUAACCCAAACCUCGCCACCCUCCUCGAGUACCGCCUCCGCUCCUGCCUAGCAUCAGACACUCCAAACGUUGCCGUUUUCUCUCCUCCGCUGGAAUCUUCACCCACUGCCAUGAACGACCAGUACUUGCACUGGGGAGGAGCCGUGCUUCCCCCUCCGCCUCUUCCUCAGUCAACUGCGACCAAUACGGCCGACGUCAUACAACAACAGCCGGAGAACCCAUCUCCCGCGGAGGAACCUGUACCGGCACCAUCUCCGGCGGUACUACUCCGAGAGAAGAAGGAAGAGCUUCGGCAGCAGAAGCGGGACGAAGAGGGGUUACAUCUGUUGACCCUUUUGCUCCAAUGCGCUGAGGCAGUAUCGGCGGACAACUUCGACGAUGCGAAUAAGAUCCUUCUCGAGAUUUCAGAGUUGUCGACGCCGUUCGGGACGUCGGCACAACGCGUCGCCGCGUACUUCUCGGAGGCGAUGUCGGCUCGGCUAGUGAGUUCGUGCCUGGGGAUAUACGCGGCUAUGCCGUCGGCGGGGGUGCCGCAAAGCCAUAGCCAGAGGAUGGCGUCGGCGUUCCAGGUGUUCAAUGGGAUAAGUCCGUUCGUGAAGUUCUCUCACUUCACAGCCAAUCAGGCUAUCCAGGAGGCGUUUGAGAGGGAGGAAAGGGUUCACAUCAUCGAUCUUGACAUCAUGCAGGGUUUGCAAUGGCCCGGACUUUUUCACAUAUUGGCGUCUAGACCCGGUGGCCCCCCAUACGUGAGACUGACUGGCCUAGGCAACUCUAUGGACUCACUCGAGGCCACCGGAAAGCGCUUGUCCGAUUUCGCCGAUAAGUUGGGUCUUCCCUUUGAGUUCUUUCCGGUAGCCGACAAGGUCGGGAAUUUGGACCCUGAGAGGCUCAAUGUCAGCAAGAGGGAGGCCGUUGCUGUCCAUUGGUUGCAGCAUUCACUUUACGAUGUCACUGGUUCGGAUACCAACACGUUGUGGCUUUUGCAGAGAUUGGCGCCAAAAGUGGUGACGGUGGUGGAGCAGGACCUGAGCCACGCAGGAUCGUUUUUAGGAAGGUUCGUGGAAGCGAUUCACUACUACUCAGCGCUGUUCGACUCGCUGGGAGCGAGCUACGGCGAGGAGAGCGAGGAGAGGCACGUGGUUGAGCAGCAGCUGCUGUCGAGGGAGAUAAGGAACGUGUUGGCCGUGGGAGGGCCGUCGAGAAGCAGGGACGUCAAGUUCCACAACUGGCGGGACAAGCUUCAGCAGUCAGGCUUUCGCGGAAUCUCCCUGGCAGGCAAUGCCGCCACCCAGGCCACUCUCCUUCUCGGCAUGUUCCCUUCAGAUGGCUACACCUUGGUGGAGGACAAUGGAACCCUUAAGCUUGGCUGGAAGGACCUUUGCUUGCUUACAGCUUCGGCUUGGAGGCCACCCUACCAUGCCACGCCCACAACUCUUCACUAUUAGAUAACUUUCUUGUUAAAAAAGAAAAAAUAUCCCAAGAGAGCUUAAAAGUACUAUUCGCUUUUACACUUGUCAUUAAUCUCCUUUUUUUUCAAUUAAGUUGAAGAGAUGUUCUUACAGUUACCAUGAGAAAUACUUUCCAGUUUGAGCAAUGUGGAAAGUGAGGAUAUAUAUGUAUAAUCUGCAGAAUGAUCAUCUUGUUUAUGAAAGUCAGCAAAACUUAAGUCUUU